CAGCAAACAAAAAUGAAUCCAUUUGCUGUAGCUUACAUCCUUGUAGUUAUCUCUUGCGGUUUGACGCACUCAUACUCUGUAUAUGGAAAUAAACGUUUUAACCAUGCAAAUGUGGUUGAUCCAAUGAUGCCAAUGUAUACAAAACCUUCACAACAACAGGCACAUUAUGACCGACCAACAAAUGUAAAUUAUCAGUCACAAUAUUUACCAGUUCCAUACGUUCCACCUUCUCAAUCUCGAGUUGUGGAAGAUUACAAUUACAACAACAAUAGAAAUCCGGUUCAGAGUCAAAAUUAUUAUUACUAUCCACGUCAAGAUUAUCAGACACCAUUGUAUGAUAGUUUGCAUAAUCGUCAGCAACAGCUGCAAAAAAUGCAAGAUUUGUACAAUUUAAAAGCAUUUAAUGAUCCGGAAGAUUAUGACAUAGAACAACCAAAUGAUUGGUACGAUCAAACUGCAAUUCUCGUCGAUCCAAAUACAUUUGAAGGCUAUAAAAGUGACUAUGAUUUGAUGCCUCAAGCAUCACAAGACCAAUAUCAGUAUCAGUCACGUCCGUCAGAUUACGAAGAUGAAGUUGUGAAAGAAUUGAAGGACUUGACAAAACAAAAUCGUAAAAAUUCUGUCGGUAAAGACUUUAUCUCAUCGCCUGUCAGUAAUAGUUACAAUGAAUUCGAAUGGCAACAAGAUAUGCCGCAAGAGAACGAUGAUUCUACAGAACCAGAAUAUGAUGAAGACGAGUGGAUUAAUUGGGAUCAAAAGCGUAACAUUCAACCCAAGAAGGACUAUGGUUUGACAGAUGAUAAGCACGAAAAACAGAAAAACAUUAAAAUUGAAACUGUUACAACACCAACAUCUGUGACCACAGAAAAGUCGAAACUUAUCACAAAAAUUCAUAAGGGUCAGAAGGAAGUUGUGUUACCACGUCCUGCAACACCUGUUCGAAAACCAUUUAGCGAACCAAUCAUGAAAAUGAUGAAAAGCAAAAGUGAUGCAGAUGAAAAGGCAAGAAAAAUGGAGCAAACACCGCCCAUUUACAAAACAAUUAAACAAAUUAUUGACAUGGAACAAAAUUUAAAUCAUUUGUCGAGCAAUGAAAUUCCAACAUCGAAGAUUCGAAAACGCUUUGUGACGAAUGAAGAAGCUUUAGUGCAACAGUUGAAUGGCCUAAAGAGAACAUCCAAGUAAACAUGUCAAUUUUCUUUUAAUUGGGUUCACAAUAAUUUGAUUUGAUGUUUUUCAAACAACAUUUAAGACUGAAGUCGAUAAAUUUUCAUGCAAUGAAAGAUAUCGAAAUAUUUUUAAUUAUGUGUUUCAUUUUCAUUCUCAUAAUUUCUGUGACAUGUCUCCGGACUCGUUGACAUCCAUUUAUUGAAUUCCAUAUUUUAUCCAUAAGAUUUCAAUUAUAAGCCAAAGUUAAUAAGAAACGUUGAGAAAUUUAGUAACGAAUUUAAGACUUUCUAGUUUCAAAAACAAUGGAAUUUAAUCAACUUUUUAUGUUAUGGGAGAAAAAUCAAAGAAAUUAGAUAAAGAAAAUUAUUUUUAUAUAUCAAUUGGAUAUUAUAAAGAAAAAUGUAAAUUGUAUACAAUUGAUAACAAUGCAACUAUGAACAUUUAAUGCAAAUAAACAAAGAAAAAAAAUAAAGAAAAUAUUAUGAGGAAACCCUUCCAAGGCAGCUAGAAAAAAUGUCACUCAAGUGCAUGAACGUUGCGCUUGAACGUCAUGCGCUUGGUGACUGAAAUAAAUUAUAAUAAGACUUUGUAAAUAUCAUAUUUCAUUAAUGAUAACAUAAAAUUUCACUAAAUUUAAUGGACUUUGUAAAUAUUGCCGAAACAGACAAGUCAAUGGUCUCAAAGAAAAUCAAGAAGCUCAUGACAAUUCCUUGCCUUGGAAAGUCAUUAUAAAGCUUCUUGCUAAAUAAUAUUUUAUUUUCGCAUAAGUUUUGUUUAUAUAUUUAUUGGCUUCUAUGUCAUUUAUUAUAAUUUUGAAAAAGCACUUAAUUUGAGCAUAUAUGUCUCAAAUUGAAAGUAUUUUAUACAAGAGAAUAAUGGACUGCGGC